AUGUUACGCACUGGAGUUAGAAGCCUGAGUAGUAGCUGUGCGAGGCUCGCAGCGCCUUCUCGGGGAAAGGUUCAGGGAUUUGCCAAAAAAACAACUUCUGGAAAAACAUCUACCAAGAAGGUGGGCGCAGGAUCACUGUAUAAACCAUGGCAAGAAACUGUUGCGACUGCUAAUUUCAACAAAAAUGCAGUUUCUGCGGAAACUGCGAUUUUUAAGCCACUGGAGGUGUCCAAAAAUGUCGACCAAAUCGUCAGCUUUUCCAACUCACAAUACAAAAGCCUUUUCAUCAAUGGAUCAUUUAAACAAAAUCAGUUUAAUGAGCUUUUCCCACAUCCCAUCAGUUUGGUUAGACGUAGUACUACACUGAAUCUUUUCGAGAAAUUGACAAACAACUCCAAGUCCACAGCAAAAUACAUCCUAACUGGCGAGUCUGGUGUGGGUAAGAGUGCUCUUUUGGCACAGGUGAAUGCUCUUGCCUGCGAUCUUGACGCAGUGGUUAUCAACGUUUCUCAUCCACAGCUGUUUAUGAAUGGUACAAGUGACUUUUUCCACGAUGGGUCUACUUACGUGCAACCCAUGUACUUGAAGAAUUUGCUGACCAAGAUACUCAAAGCGAACGACAAGAAGCUACUUUCUUCUAUUUUUCUAGCAAGUAGCUACAAGUUUGUUAAUGCCGACCCCAGAGAUGCCGCCAAUCGGAAAUUCAUUCAAUUGAACGCCAACGAAAACACAUUACUUGACCUUUUAUCAAUGAAAACUACUCCACGUAGUCGUGGAGAGGUUUUUCGCACUUUUAUUUCUGAACUAUCCAGACAGGAAAGCGUUCCUGUCUUUUUUUGCGUCGACAAUUUCUCUCGUAUAUUGAGCGAGCCUUACACGGCCUACAAGAGCACAGAAAACAAAAACAUUCAUGUUCUAGAAUUACAAUUGGGAAAGACUAUAAUGGACAUUGUUAGCGGCGACAUCAAUUUUGCCAACAAGUCUAGUAGCGUGAUACUUGCUACAUCUGGAUCUGAUAGAACUAACAGGACCCUUCCAGUGGGGCUGCAAAAGCUACCACAUGAUCCAUACAUUGGUAAAAAGCAUUAUGACCACGCCCUCUCCAGUUUGUUGAUUAAAGGAGAACUAAAGGAGUUUCCAGUAGAAAAACUGACUAAAGAGGAAGUAAGAAAAUUGAUUGACUUUUACUCCAAAUCGGAAAUUGUUCUAUCGAAGGAUACCGAUUCGCAGGACGUUGAAAAACUCGUGGACGAAAAAUACAUUUUGAGCGGUAAUGGUAAUCCCAAAGAACUAUUGAGAAGCUUAGUUCUACAUUUUUCAUGA